GCCCCGGACGGAAUUACCGAUACCGUGACCGUGACUGGCCCGUACAUCGAUAACGUUCUCUGGAGUUGAUAGUUUGAUAGUCGUGUGCGGUGCGCAGCGGUCUGGUUUGCUCCAAGAAUGACCUGGUCCUCGACUCAUUUCUGACGAAACUCUUCUUCUGACAGCCUCUUCUACAGGUGCCACCUCGGUGCCUCGACCUCAAAUGGCAUCGGCCAAUUCCGACCUGCCUCCGGAGCCGGCGUCAUUGUCCGCCUCGCUCUAUGAUGUAUUGACAGACCUUCAUCAAAACCAAUAUCCCCAUGUGCCUAAUCCGCCGUCGUGCAAGAAACGUGCGUCGGUCGCCCUUGUCCUUCGAAUCCGGCCCACGUAUCGCCACUGGCCCACCCCGGAGACCUCUUCCCUGCCUGUUCUAGACCACACCGCUUCGGUCCAUGAUCGAUUGACGCCCUUUUUCGCCCAGGAUUGGGUUCAGAAUGGAGACCCGGAGGUUCUCUUCAUCAAACGGGCAUCUCGCGCUGGGGACCGAUGGACUGGCCAUGUCGCGCUCCCCGGGGGUAAGCGAGAUCCGGAAGACGUCGACGACAAAGCGGCUGCCAUCCGGGAGGCCUCAGAGGAAGUAGGGUUGGAUCUGACGACGGAGGACUGUAUCCACGUGGGAAACCUGCCAGAAAGGGUGGUCACCACCAGCUGGGGUUCGGUGCCGUUGAUGGUUCUCUGUCCCUUCAUCUUCCUGAUGACUCGCAGCGACUCGCCUCCUCUCCGAUUGCAGCCAACCGAGGUGGCAUCUACCCAUUGGGUACCCUUACGGGCUCUUCUGUCGCCGUCGCUGCGGACAGUGGAAAAUGUGGAUAUGUCGCAGCGGCUCUCGAACAUGGGUGGGAUCAUACCGCGGUUCGUCUAUCGCUGCCUGCUGGGUAUGAUGCAGUUUUCCGCCAUUCGUCUACGGCCGACGGAGAGCUUGCAGUCCAACACGACCCCGGGGUUUCUCCCGGACGAUUUUCGCACGUCUCCUUCUGUCUCGCCAAUGCGACGAUGGACGACGUGGCUCUCCGGCAAUCAAUCUGACCCGGUCAAGCAGGAGCGGCCUUUGCUUCUCUGGGGGCUGACCCUCGGGAUUUUAGCCGACUUCCUAGACAUGCUUCCGCCUCAUACCGCGGUUAAAAUGUGGAAAUACCCAACGUUCACCACGCCGGAUUUGUGGUUGAUCGUGAGCGUGUUGACUUACCGUCUGCGAAAACGCAAUCAGCUCCAAGUUCAGUCGGGAGCGCGCCCCAGCAAUACGGCGGUGGACGGUCAAACGGCUGCGCUGCCAGUAGCGCCGACAACCGACGAUAACAACGAAGUGGGCAUCGGGGGUCUCGGCGUGGGUCGAUACUACGGACCGUCCGACCGGGUCCCGGAUGGAAGUAAAUACGCCGUGGGCAUCAUGCUCAAAGGGUACUAUUCCCGAUUGCGGGUUGCUGUCUCUAUCUUCCUGGCCUGGCGGGCUGUCGUGGGAUCUGUGGCGGCGAUAUAUACUUGGCGAUAUUUUCGACGGCGCCCGUGAUUCCGGUGCAUUUGUAGACAUACGAUAGAGUAUCCCGUAGCAUUGGGGUGAAUGUAAUUAUUUCCACCGAC